GAAUCAAGUGAAUCAGUGUACAAUGGCUCGCACUCCCGCAUUCAUGCUUGCACUCUGAUCGGAUGUCGGAUUACAUGUACGCCUUUCGUGCAAGGUGUCCGCGACGGUGCACGGUGUUGAUUAUAAAAAAAAUAAUGUAUACGUAAACGGGAAAUAAUUUCGUGCACAAAUGCAUAUCUGCAAGACGGUUGACAGCAUGGGAAAGCAAGACGGGUCUUGUUGGUGGUUUAUGAAGACCGUCACCUGUAUACCAGUUAUUUUCAUUUUGACGGUUAUCGUAUGGUCUUAUUACGCUUAUGUGGUGGAAUUAUGUUUUUAUACAAUAGAUAAUUAUGUUCAAAAAGCGUUUUACCUGAUUUUUUAUCAUGCCGUAUUUUUAAUGUUUCUGUGGUCUUACUGGCAAACUGUAUUUACAGAUUUACUAAUAGUACCAGAUAAGUUUAGAAUACCAGAUAUAGAAAUGGAAAAAUUUCAACAAGCCGAAACAGAGGAAGCGCGCAGACAAAUUUUAGAAAGAUUUGCACAAGAUCUUCCAGUCACAAAUCUUACCAUCAAAGGAGUAAUACGUUUCUGCGAGAAAUGUCAGUUGAUUAAGCCUGAUCGAGCACACCAUUGCAAUGUGUGCAGGACAUGUGUUUUAAAAAUGGAUCACCAUUGUCCAUGGGUAAACAACUGUGUAGGCUUUCAUAACUACAAGUUCUUCAUGUUGUUUCUGGCAUAUGCUUUUCUUUAUUCUUUAUUCAUUACGGCUACAUCUUUACAGUAUUUUAUACGUUUUUGCAAAGGAGAAUUGGAAGGAAUGAGUAGAUUUCAACUCUUCUUCUUAUUCUUUGUGGCAUUGAUGUUCACAGUUAGCCUAAAUUCUCUUUUCCUGUACCAUUGUUAUCUGGUUUUACGUAACAGAUCAACAUUAGAGGCAUUUACUCCACCCAUGUUCCGCACAGGAAAGGACAAAGAUGGUUUUAGUCUUGGAAAAUAUAAAAAUUUUCAAGAAGUGUUUGGCGAUAAUCCUAGACUGUGGUUCCUUCCUGUUUUUACUAGUCUUGGAAAUGGUGUCACGUAUGCAGUACGCGCGCAACAUCAAGGCCCGCCCAAUACUUACGACUCCAUGGGCAGUACUCGAAACAGUUUUGGCGAUGGGGUAAACUUUCCUGAACGGCUGUGCAAUGAAGACACACAUACUCUGUUGGGACAUACUGCCCAACAGUGGGGUGAUGAGACCGAGCUUGACUCUCCACCUCCCUAUGGGUCGCAAGCAGGUAUUGUGUAGUCUGAAUCCCUAUAUCGAAGCUGUGCGAUUAGUCUACUACCUACAGUGUCCAAGUACAUGCUACAGUAUUCGUAAUACAAAGCUUGUUUAGCUGCAGUUACUCUGUCUAUAUUGUAUUCAUAAAAAAUUAUAGGUUCAGUGCUGUGAAUACUUCUACACAUUCACACAAGCUUAAAUGUUACACCAUCCUUCUUUACCUUAGUAAGUUGUUAUUAUUGUCCUAUGAAACAACAGCUAGAAAUCAUUCUAAAACAUUUUUAACAUUAUACAAGGUGUUCUGGUAAUAUUAUUAAAAAGUAUUACUUUGUAACAGAGUUUCUGAAAUGUUCUAUAUACACGAGCUAAGAGAUAUAUAAUUAUGUUGGUUAUCAUUAA